AUGCACAGUCAGGGUGACUAUUCCCCAGUCAGCACUGGGGCCAGAGGGCUGAGAGGUGCCAAACGCCUCCUCAUCCUGGCGGGCUCAGCAUUUCUCCUGGUGUCCCUUCGGAAGCGCUCCAGCGCCAGACAGCCCGGCCUCCCGCCCGCCCGGCGCCUGCUGCCCUGCGACCAUGUAGGCGCGGCUCGCCAGUCCAAAGCCGAGACGGGCUGCGGGCCAGCGUCCUACGAGCGCCGCCGCUGCAUCGGUGAAAUCCGGUCGAUGCUCCGCCAGCUGCAGCCCGUGCGCGCCCGGCAGCUGCUGCGCCUACUGCGCCAGGACCUGGGCUUUGAGGGGACCCUCCUCACCAACAUCCUUUAUAGGAAUGUGGUCUUCCUUUCAGUCGUAGACCCCAUCUCCCAUGACCUACUGGGAGACAGGGACCUCCAAUGCCCAAGAAGAAGAGGAUAUGAGUUCUGGAAGUCUUCAGACAUGAUCUGCCAGCAGCUCAUCUACCACCUUACUCCUCACUCCAAGCAGCAGUAAGGGCUCAGCAUUACCCAGAGCCCAGCCUCUUCUAACUGUCCCUUCAGGAGCUGCCUCCAGAAGACUCUGCUGGUGGGGCAGACUGUGGCCCUUUCAGGGAUCCCACUAUCAUCAUGAGAUGUUCAGCACACAACACUGAGCAGCCACAGCACUGGUCUGGCGGUGCUAGACCUGAGCGUCACAGAGCUGAGAGAUGAGCUGCUGCACCUGCUGCUGCCCAGUCUGUGGGCGCUGCCCUGCCUCGCCCAGUUGCUGCUCCACAGUACUAGGCUGACACAGACUACCACCUGCAAACUCACCAAGGCUGUUAAAGAUACCAUCAAGUUCCCUCUGUUGACCUGGGUGGAACUGGGCAACAACACAGAUGUGACCUGGCUGCCCCAGUCCCUUCUAGUUGGCUGUUGGCUGAGCCAGUGUACUUCACUACCCACCAUCUAUGAGGGCCUGGACCUUGAGCCUAGGACCAAUGCUUCUGCCUCUACCUGGGGCUCUGCAGCUGCCAGGCCUGCUGCACUAGGUGACCAAUCACCCCCAUGGCUCAUUGGUACUGACUCAAGGAUGCUGUCACAAAUAUGGGGUGGCAUGUGGUAG